AUGGAUUUGUUGUGGAUGGAAGAAUCACACCGUGGAGCACCAACAAACAUUGCAGCAUAUAAAGACACUAGGUUCCGAGUCUGUUCCCAUACUCAUAUUCAACAAAGUGUUGUUAUAUUACCGUACUUAGAACAAGCCGAUUUUUCUAAAGUCGCAAAAAUAUCAAGUUUAAAAAUUGACUCCAAGUUAGUUGUUGCGCUAUUAGAGAGAUGGAGACUCGAAACACAUACCUUUCAUUUACCAACUGACGAAUGUACCAUUACUUUGGAGGAUGUGAGUAUGUUAUUCGGUCUUCGAAUAAAUGGUAAACCUGUUGAUGGCCCUACUAAUGUAACAAAUGAUGUUUACAUGGAGAAUUUAGGCGUGGAACCAACGACUUCAGAUGAAAAUGGGUCUUAG